AUGCAAACAAAAAAAGGAAGUUGUUUCUUCACGAUCGGACAUCGAGAAAAUUUAAUGAAAACAAAGGAUUUCUUUUGGAACUUAAUAAAAAACUUGGAUAGAGUUGUUGACUUCCGUGCAACCAAAAAGAAGCGUUUAGUCAGUUGGUUUCGACGAAAAGAUUUCUUAUUAUUGACUGUUGGACUUAGUACGUAUAGUAGUGAUGAUCGAUUUCUAGUAGAACAUACGCGACAUCUAGGUAAUUGGGCUUUAAGAAUACGAAAUGCCCAGAAAGAGGAUGAAGGGAUUUAUGAGUGCCAGCUAUCGACGCAUCCACCCGAAUCUAUAUUUAUUGAACUUAGGAUAGUAGAGGCGGUAGCUGAAAUAAUAGAAGCUCCUGAUUUGCAUAUAAAUGAAGGGUCCACACUAAGAUUAGAAUGCAAACUGAAACGUGCUACGGAGAGUCCAUUAUAUGUUUUCUGGUAUCACGAAGAUAGAAUGAUAAAUUACGAUCAUGAGGAUGGAGUUUCUGUAGCAUCUAAAUUAACUUCAAGUAUUCUGACUGUGAGAAAUGCGACUGCAAGACAUGGAGGUAAUUACACGUGUGCCCCAGCCAAUGCUAGACAGUCGAGUAUAUACGUACAUGUGCUAAAAGGUUCGUAUUCAGAAGAUUCAUAA